CAUGAUACAUCCCAAGGCCCUCUUGUGCAAUGCUACCCUCGUAUUAUCUGAAGAUAGUCAAGUAGAACCUAGGAGCAUCGUCUACUCCUCCCUCCCCCUCUUUCGUUUGCGUGGAAGCUCGCACCGAUUCAGUCAUUUCCUGCGACUGCCGAGGCAUCUCAGGGGAACACGCUAUUGACAGAGAUAAUUAACACGCCGGAUAGAUCUCCAGGCUUCUCACCAUCCAAAUCCAGAGUAUUAACAACGUUUGGAGUUAUUGUUGGAUUGCUGAGCCCUCCUCAAGAAAUGGCUAGUCUUUGCCGAUAGAUACCCGUUGACAUUGGAAGAUUCUCUGAUUGAUAUCGAUAACGCUUGUUCUUGAAAAAAGGAAGAGAGAUUAUUUGCAUUUACACCUCUUGAGGAUUCUGUUCUAUAACAUUUAAAGAUAAUUAGUGAAGGAGAUUUGUGAUUCGUUUUAUAGCCUGAGUGAGUAUCAAGCAGCUACGCAAAGAGUCUCAACUUGACAACUAUACCGCGCAAGCUUUGUACAAGGGGGGUUAUGCAGAGUGAGUCGUUGGCUAAUUGAAUUGCAAGUAACGGGUCACGUGGCCGACCCCCCUACUGCUUCUCCUGAUAGGGGGAAGUCGUUGCCUUGUCAUGAGCGACGCCCUGGACUCUAGAAUGAUCGCAAGAAAGCGCUCAUCCCGGAGAAGCUUCUAUGUCAGACACGCCACCAAAGACUCCAAGACCACGAGCAUGGAUCGGACUAAGGCAGCGCAGCGUGCCAAGUACACGCAUCGGAGGCAGCGUAGCGACGAAACUUUCACUGUCCACGCCAGCAAGGUGUUUAGCCUUCUCCCUCUCUCGCCGGGCAACCCCCACACCCGCCAUCACUACAAUUUCGACCAUGUUUCCAGGCAUUCUCCCCCGGCUGUGCGCAGCUCGACGCGGCGAAAGAAUGACGUCCAUGUUUCCAACCGGAGGAUGACGGACCGCAUCAUCAACAUUCAGGAUGAAGAUGUCAUCCAUCGGGGGUGGCUCAAGAAGCAGGGCGGAGCAUUCCGCUCCUGGCAACGGAGAUACUUCAAGGUGGCUGGUGACUUCAUGUACUACUAUGCCAAGGAGGACGAUGUCCGCGCCCUGGGCUACAUCCCUCUCCACGGCAAUGUCCUCAAGAAGCACACCUACACGGCUGAAGAACCGGGGAAGUACCUCUUUGAAAUCCUACCAGGUAAGGGAGGUAAAUCAAGCCAAGGUCGUCUGGCCGGAAACCAUGACAGCUUCCUUCUCUGGGCCACCAAUCAGCUUGAGAUGGAUGAGUGGACGCAGGUCAUACGAAGGGUCAUGUACGGCAGGAGAGGGGGAGGUAUAUUUGGACAGAGUCUCCUAGACACGUUAACAUCCGAGAGCACGACCACAACCAAGCAGAUUCCAUCUAUCAUUGAACAGUGUGUGAGGUUCAUCAAGAACCAUGGCAUGUACGAGGAAGGUAUUUUCAGACUGCCUGGACGGACCAACAAAGUCAAAGAGCUUCAGGACCUCUUUGAUAUUGGCGAAAAACCAGACUUUGAGGAACUAAAAGCAGAUGUACACACUAUUGCUUCCCUUCUAAAACUCUAUCUACGUUCCCUCCCCGAGCCUGUCAUCCCGUGGCAACACUACGAACACUUCUUUGAGGCCAUCAAACUUUACGAGGAGCGGGAGGAGGAUGGGAAGGCGGAGCUUAUCCGCGAGCUGGCGUUGCUUCCGCGAUGCAACUAUAACUUGAUGAAGUACAUGUGCUGUUUUUUGCACGAUGUCCAGAAGUACGAGAAGUACAAUCGGAUGGGCGUGCUGAACCUCUCAACGGUCUUCGGGCCGAACAUGUUCCGCGCGAACAACGAGGACCCAACGGCGAUGAUGGAAGCCACUUCGAUGAGCCAGAAAUUCAUCCACUUACUCCUCGCGGAGUACGAUACCAUGUUCCCGUCAAACGACCGCAUCAAUUUUAGCAAUGGCGCAAAGUCAUAUGAUGACCUUCCCAACGCACCCGUACCACCGCCGCGCCAUAAAGCACACAGUCAGAUGCCGACGGGAAGUUUCGACUUGAUCAAAGAACUCCAAGAUCGCCAAACGGGGCGGACCGCUCGAGCGCUGACUAUGACAUCAGACUCACUCCUCAUUGAUUUAAAUCCAGAGGAGGAAUAUGACAUGGAACAUUAUGGGAACUCAGCAUUCUCGAAACGUAGUUAUAGUGUAGACGACGGCCUUGUUUUCAGGGACAGUAUAUCUGUUUCAGACACUGCUAGCAUCACGUCAAGUGGACCGUCGGAACAAGGGUCACAGCAUACGUCAUACUCGGAAAUCGCGGAUACGGCGUCCAUCGCGUCAACAGUCACCGUUAAAUCGGACGGCGAGUCCUUAGUCAUGAUCAACCCAGCAUGCCAGUUGCAGAUAACGCCGUGCGACUCUACGAGCAAUCAUCGUGAGCAGGAGACGUCACCUCGCAAGGAAAGGAGUGGUCUUGGGAUCGACUUGAUGCAGGGUACACCGGAGAAUGAUCUUUCAAACACGGGAGAUCUGACUCUUUCAUAUUCACAUUUACAGGAACAAGUGAGGGCGCUAAAGCAGGAACUCAGCAAGCAGAAGGAAGAGUAUGAAAUGAAGCUGAGGAAGUGGAAAAUCAAGUACGAGGGCAUGCAGAUACAAUAUGAUAAUUCUGAAAGUGCAAGGAGAGCGACAGAUGAACGCAACAAGCAGCUUCUAAAGCAACUCAACGCUUUCAUCGAUGAAUAUGGACCGCAAUAGUCAAAUGGAAUACCGAUAGAGCCUUCCAAGAGUUCAUCUACAUGGGAUGGACAGAAUGUGACAUUUCAAUGCUUCAAAGCUUACAUUUAUGAUUCCUACCCAUGGGGAGAGGGAUUAACCAAUUAAUGAUAUCAUGGAUUGGUAUAGAUCUCAGUAGCUUGUGCCUUAUGUACAUUCAAGUGUUUUCUUUGUGUUUCAAAUAGAAUCCUUUUAAUUACAACUCAUUGACGGAUCGAGUAGAAAUAGAAAUGGACAAUCGCAACUCAUUGCUUCUAUUGAUGAGUACUGCCCCAUGUAGUUAAUGGAACAAGUGCCUUAUUUGGCAUUAUUUGGCGUCACCUGUGCCUGGGAGGCGAAAAGCGAACUGAAUCACUGUAACCCUCGGGUGUCUCCUCCUGUUAUAAAUGAUUGGGGGUGUACAGGUGGACCACUACACCAGGGUUUCCCUACUCUUUAAUAUACAAAUAGUGCAGUGGGUUCUCUCUGGGGACUCUCCUCUACAUGGGGCCUCCAUUUAACAUCCUAUCUGAGGGACGGAGUGUUUUCUACUUAACAUAUGGUAGCCUGCGUCUA